AUGAGUGAAACAUGUUUAGAAGGAUGUGCAGCAAAAACUCAAACGGUUGGGUUUAUUCCGGGUGUAAUACUUUUUAUCUGUUUUGUUGCAGCUAUUGGAGCUGCAUUAGGUAUUGUGCUUACAGCAGAUAAAUAUUAUCCAAGUCAAUCAAUAUCUUCAAUCAAUACUUUCACAUCAACUUAUGUACCAUCCACUAGUCGUAAUAUUAUUUCUACUUCCAGUGUCAGUAGAUAUAUCACCGCAGCUAUGAUUACAACUCCUGCAACUACAAUGAAAAGUGGGUGGUCAAAUACUGGAAGUAUGAAUUCUACUCGAUAUGUUCACACAGCAUCUAUAUUAGCAAAUGGAAAAAUUUUAGUUACAGGUGGACAGAAUUUUUUUGAAGGCGUUUUGAAUAGCGCUGAAUUGUAUGAUUCAUCGUCGAGAAUAUGGACAUCGACUGGAUCUAUGAUAUCUCGUAGACUAUUCCAUGCAGCGUCUCUAUUAUCAAAUGGAAAAGUAUUAGUUACCGGCGGCCGGGAUUCUCCUAAUAGUUUCAAUAGUACUGAGUUAUAUGAUCCGUCUACUGGAGUCUGGAUACGUACUAGCAAUAUGAUUUAUGCUCGAUCAAGUCAUACAGCAUCUGUAUUAACAAAUGGUAGAGUGCUGGUUGCUGGUGGAUAUAAUAAUAGUAACAGUCUGAGUACUGCUGAAUUAUACGAUCCAUCGACAGGAAUAUGGACACUUACGGGAAAUAUGAAUUAUGCUCGAUAUGUUCACACAGCAACUGUAUUAACAAAUGGUAAGGUGCUGAUUGUUGGUGGAUAUAUUUAUAAUAAUAUUAAUAGUCUAAGUACUACUGAAUUAUACGAUUCAUCGACAGGAGUAUGGACAGUUACGGGAAAUAUGAAUUAUGCUCGAUCAAGUCACACAGCAUCUGUAUUAGCAAAUGGUAAGGUGUUAGUUGUUGGUGGUGCAGGUAUUAACGGUAACAGUCUAAGUACUGCUGAAUUAUACGAUCCAUCGACAGGAAUAUGGACACUUACGGGAAAUAUGAAUUAUGUUCGAUCAAGUCACACAGCAUCUGUAUUAACAAAUGGAAAAGUAUUAGUUAGUGGCGGAUAUGUUAAUGGGAUAAGAAUCAAUAGUGCAGAGUUGUAUGAUCCAUCAACAGGAGUAUGGACAGUCGCUGCAUCUAUGAAAUAUGUUCGAAAUGACCAUACAGCAUCCGUAUUAGCAAAUGGACAAGUGUUAAUUGCUGGUGGAUUAAAUGGUACCGAUGUUUUGGAAACCACUGAGUUAUAUACACCAUAA